UGAGUAGAGAACAGUACGACCUGUUGUUUCCUGUCAGUGGUCACGUGAGCCCGGGGUCUUUGGACAUCGCCGUUAUGUUCCUGCUGAUUCGCUACUUGUGCCGGACAAGGUCCAUCGCGUGGGAGGGCUGGGACGUCUACCCCUCUCCCGCCCAGAAAACUCCAGUCCACGACAUCGUCCGCGUCCAUCGUAUCUACCAAGACCUGGUCGUCAAGGCAACCACGGCCGUGACGUCAGACAGUUUCGUCACCAUGUGGGAGGAACUGUCGUCUGCGAUCCUGAGACUGGGCGGGCUGAGAGACCGGGUGGAGCGGUGGAGGGAGGACGUACCGUCAACGGAACAGCCCACCAGGGAACGAGAAACUGACUCGACCUCAGAUUCGCCAGAGGGUGCGAGCGCGCCCGCCCAUUGGUCAGCUGAUUAUCCUUCUGAAGUUCAAGGACUGCCAAGGUCAUUCAGCUGCGAGUCAGACGCCAGUUCGGAAGGCAGCGCGCUGUGCUCACAGGAACUUGAGGCGCCACCUAGCGAGUCAACAACCCCCAAGCAGGCACAGCCAGCCGGUGCCGCAGCGCCUCCUAGUGGAGUGCAGCAGUACUACCUAAGCAACGUGCAGAACGUGCAGAUCGGCAUGCAGACCCAGAUGAGCAUCGCGUCAGAAGGGUCCCAGGGCAGAACUUCGUCCGAAAUAGCCGCAGAGGAUCAUUUAGAGCUGGUCCUGACGUCCUGCCGGUCGGUUCUCCGUACGGAGUACAGGCGGAACCUGAGCCGGAUCCAGCCCCUGCCGUGGAACAAAAGCUUCUGUGUGCCGAUAGAUGACGUGUACACUAACCUGGACCUUCUGGAGGAGACGAUGGAGGGGUUCAAGGUUAACCGUGUGAGUCUUCGGUCCAUGGAAGACAUCUUCAGACCAAGAAGGAAACUAGGAAAACGCCGGCCGUUACGGAUCGUGAUGCAGGGACAUGCAGGCGUGGGGAAGACGACGUCAUUGAUCAAACUGGCCGUGGAUUGGUCAACGGACAAGGUCCUAUCAUUGAAAAGGAUCAAUCUCGUUUUCGUGCUAAGGCUGCGUCUGAUUGGUCAGGAAAUGGGUAUCAUCGACGCCAUCUUUGACCAGCUGAUGCCAAAGGGUUUUCCCUUCACAAGGGAAGACUUAGCGAAGUGUCUGCAAGAAAAGCAAGACGAAGUACUGAUCCUACUAGACGGGUACGACGAGUUCGACUCGGCAAGGUGUCCUGAAAUCUCAGAGCUGUUGAGGGGAAGGAUGUAUCCACGAGCGGUCGUGGUGACGACGACACGCCCAUCGAAGAUCGACGAGGUCCAGCCCGUGGCAGACACGGUGGUUGAGAUCACCGGGUUCUCGCCUGACAACGUCAGACAAUAUCUCCAGCGACACUUCCAGGGUCAGAAGGACAAGGUUGACGAUCUUCUGCAGCAUCUAGAGCCGCAUAUCGCCAACAGAGGCAUCGCCACCAUUCCCAUGUUCACCAUGCUCAUCAGCGUUCUGUAUGAAGACAAACCUGACAUUGUCCUGCCUGCAACAAUCACAGGGUUGUACAAAGAACUCAUGAGCUGCAUCAUCAAGCGGUACCACGUCAAACAUGGCGAAGGAGAAGGAAGUGGAGACAUCACCAGCUUACUUGAGACAGUGAGCAAGGUCGCCUUCGAGUGUCUGCUAUCUGACCAAGUGUCUUUCGGAGAGGCCGAUCUACUCGGUAAGAUCAAUGACCAACGGGUGGCAGAACUUGGUGUCUUCACGUAUGACGAUAAACAUGCGCAUAGCAAGGUCAACGGAGGUCGCCAUCUGACGUUUUCACACAAGACCAUUCAGGAGUAUUUGGCUGGUUGCCACUUUGCCAACGUACUCACAACGUCGAAAAAGGAGACGAGAAAGUACUUGACGAGCAUCGACACACUACAGCGAGCGUCCGAUUUAAAGUACGUGAUCUUGUUCGCUUGUGGCUCAUCAGAGCGAGCGGCGACGGCUUUGAUCGAGCAUCUCCUCCGUAUCUGGAAGAACGCCUCCGGAGAAACUAAGAACCAGAAGCAUCAAGACUUCGUCAAGCUCGCCCUGCAGUGUCUGUACGAGAGCGCGGCAAAAGACAAGAUACAGCUCCCCGUUUUCGAGCUGUUUCCCUCGGGGAAGGUCGAAUUCUACGACGUGAGCGCGGACGUGGUGAAGUACCUCGCCUACUACCUGCAACACUUGAAACAAGUGGAGGCAGUCACCGAGGUGAGUCUGGCAGACGUACGGGGCACGUCGCUCGGAGACGCCGACGACCUCGGGACAGCGCUCCUCCGCCUGAACGUCAUGCAAACACUUCGCAUAUCGAGAAGCCCGCACUUCAACAUAAAGCCGAUCAUCGAAAAACUCGAGAAAAUAACUUCGCUCCAGCAUUUGCAUCUCUGUGGAAUGGACCUGAGACAAGAGGGUAGUACGUUAGCUGUAGCGCUGAAGAGAAUGCACAGAGCAAAAAGAACACUACGAACACUUCGCGUGGCGGACAACAACUUUUCAAAAGAAGCGUCAGAGUCACUGUUGGCGGCGAUUGGGAAACUGACCUCCUUAACAGAUGUAGACGUAUCUGUCAACGACCUUGGGGAUACACUUGAGACGCUGAGUGCCAGUCUUCAGCAUCUGGGUGAGCUUCGAACCCUGAACCUUCGAGAGUCCGACCUGACACAGAAAGCGUGCGUUGCGCUUGGAAACGCGUUCAGGACGUGUCCGUUAGGUCAGUUAGAAGAGUGCAAUCUGGAAGGGAAUCAAGUAGAUGACCGAGCAAGCGUGCAGGUGCUGCUGGAAGGAUUGGGCUCGUUGGCAAAUCUACGCAACCUCAACCUGAAAGGAUGCCGGAUAGGUCCUGAUGGGGCUGUGACUUUGUCGGGAAGCCUACAAACACUUCCUCACCUGAGAGUCGUGAAUCUAGAAGGGAACGGUCUUGACCUCCGUGCGGCAAAGAGCCUGUUCACGUCGCUGCACCACUGUCCUGAGUUAGAAGCAGUCGACUUGAACACCAACUUCCUCGGGAGCCAGGGUGUUGCAGAGUUCGCGGCGAACUUUGAGAGGGCCGGAAGUCUGACGAGUCUCAACCUGUCUCACAACGUGGUGGGAGACGAGGGGGUGGAAGCGGUUUCGAGACAGGCCCACCAUCUGCCGCACCUGCAGUACCUGGAGCUGAGUGACAACCCUGUGACGAACGACGGUUUCGGGGCAUUCUUUAAGAAUCUGCCUAAGAUUGCGGAACUGAAGGAGCUGGACAUCUCCGGUCCGUACGGCGGUAAACUCUCCGUGACUGACGACUGUGUGGACCAGCUAUCGGAGGCGUUGUCCCGGGUUCCAAACUUAGAGGUGUUACAUCUACGACGCGUUGCCAUGACAACUGAUGGGUUUGACACUUUCAUGGAUGCAGCUGAGAAUCAUGGGAAAUUGACAACCGUAUCAUACAGGAGAGAGAAUCUGCCGGCUCUGUCAGCCUACAGUGACUCCAGACUGUUGGUGCUCUGGUAACCAGGGCGUUCUACCACUGCGAUUCACAUGUACAAAAUGUAUCUCUACAUGUACAUAUUUGAAUG